AUGUCGCACGAUAUCAUUAUAGUCGGUGGAGGUGUUGCGGGUUGCGCCUUGGCUGCGCGACUGUCAGAGGCUGACUCACUUCAAGUGCUACUGAUCGAAGCAGGAAGCGAUCACAACAAAGAUCCACGAGUCAAGACACCUAUGCUUUUCCGUCAAUCUUUCAGUGAUAGGAACAUUGACUGGGACCACCAUGCGAUACCUCAAGAGGAGAUCCAUGGGAAGCAGACGGUACAUCCACGAGGCAAAGGCCUCGGCGGGUCGAGCCUGAUCAACUACAUGAGUCUACAUCAUCCAACAAGAUCCGUAUACGAUGCGUGGGCUUCAGCAGGAAACCCUGGUUGGGGCUGGGACGACAUGUUGCCGUACAUUCGGAAGUUUCAUACCUACGUGGAGCCGUCGGACGAAGUUCGCAAUGCGCUCAAGCUUGACAACAUCGACAAGAAUGCUCAGGGCAAGGACGGGCCGGUGCAGCUGACUCACGCAACUGAGGUCAAUCCACUCGAUAAGGUAUGGCUGGAGACAUUCGAGAACAUCGGCCACGCAAUGACCAUGGAUCCUCUGUCGGGAGAGCCUACUGGGGCGUACAAUGUGCUGGCAACAGCCGCCGCCAACAAAGAGAGAUCGCACGCAGCCGCAGCGUAUCUCGACAGCGCCAGGAAUCGAUCUAACCUGACGGUUGUUUGCAAUGCUCAGGUCACCAAGCUCAUCUUCUCCGGCAACAGAGCUACGGGGGUAAUCUACACGCAGGAUGGCUCUGAGAACUCCGUCAGUGCUUCCAAGGAGGUGAUUUUGUGUUGCGGCGCGUUUGAGUCGCCGGCUCUACUAGAGCGCUCUGGUAUUGGCAGAUCCGAUGUCCUGCAGAGACUCGGUGUUGCACCCGCCCUGAUCAACGAGAACGUUGGCGAGAGCCUUCAGGACCACCUCUUCACAGCGUGUUCCCUCGAGAUCGAUCCAAAGUUCGUGACGUUCGACCAGUUUCGUGAUAUAGACAACGUCAAACGAGCACUGGAAGCAUAUCAGAAUAACCAUACAGGGCCCUUUGCUGGCACUUUCCGCAACAUGGCUCACCUCCCGCUGCUCUCAUCGGCCGACGACUUUGACAUUGACGGCAUUCUCAGCUCCUACAAGGGCCCUCGCACCCCUGCCUUCAAUCUGGCAGAGGACCAUGUCCGCACUCUGCUGAAGCAGAAUCGUAAUGCUUCUGCAACCUUCAUCCUUGUCCCGGCUCAGGUCCAUAUGCAGCAUACCGACUCGUUGGCAAACAUUAUCGCGCCGACGGAUCCUGGCAGCUACGUAAGUCCCCACGUCGCCAUCAGUCAUCCUCUCUCCCGUGGCAGCGUUCAUGCGCGCUCCACGGACGUUGGCGACAUCAUUAUCGACCCGAGGUACUACACCCAUCCACUGGACGUCGCACUUGCUGCCAGGCACGUCAAGUUCAUCGAUACGCUCAUCAACACAGAGCCAUUGAAGUCCGUCAUUGUUCCUGACGGGCGCCGCAUUCCGGAGUGGGCAUCAUUCGACACCCUGGACGACACUGAGAAGCUUCUGCGCUACAGCAAUGCAUCAUUCUACCACCCGGUCGGGACUUGCUCGAUGCUGCCUCGAGAGAAGGGUGGCGUAGUGGAUAGCAGGCUCAGGGUAUAUGGUAUUGAGGGAUUGCGCAUAUGUGAUGCGAGCGUCUUUCCCCUCAUCCCGAGAUCAAGUCUGAUGAGCAGCGUAUACACCGCUGCGGAGAAGGCAGCGGACAUGAUCAAAGAAGAUCUCGGUGUGCGUGGGUAG